UACAAGAUCAAACCGGACGAAAUAUUCAGAAGAAUGAAAAUGACUACUUUUGUCCAACUGGCUGUACAAGUUGCUGAAGUCAAUGGCGUCGGUACCGCGGUUUCGCCUUUUUACAGUGUUAUUUGUGGCAUUGGCGAAAUAGACAUGGCUGGGGACCGUUUACCAAUGUGUUCCUCCAAGUCUGCUCUCUUGGGGGACUGCGUCACUAAACCCUAUCUCUUGCUGGACGUUCGAGACAGUGAUGACUUCGAUAACUGUCACAUCAUCGGAGCCCUUAAUUAUCCGGCUACCAUGCUCUCCAGGUGCAUGAAUUUUGAGACACGAGAGAUGCUUGCAUUUCGAAACAGACCAAAUCACAUAAUUAUUCUCUACGACGAAAACGAAAGCAUCGCCCCGCGAGUGGCAACCAUCUUGACACAGCGGGGCUACGACAAUGUCUUCCUGUUGGCUGGAGGACUUAAGGUUUGUUAA